CCACGCCACGCGCAGCGCGACGGUUGGCCUCCGAGCCGUCGGAUUUCGCAACCAACCCCACGACCCCUUCUCCCCUCUACUAGACUAGAGCGAGCAGAGCAGCCGGCGAUGCGGCGGCGCCACCGCGAGCAGCUGCCUCCCGGGGCCGACCGCGAACGCCUCCUCGCCGAGGAGGUCCUCUACCUCCACUCCCUCUGGCGCCGCGCCGCCCCCGCUCCCAUCCCUCCUCGUGGCUCCGGUUCCGUCGCCACCCUCCGCCGCGUCGACCGCCGGAGGCGCAGGAGGCUCGAGCGCCGCGCCCAGGAGCAGCAGCGGGAGGAAUCCGGCCCGGAGUGGCCCCUCGCGCCGUCUCCGCCCGCCUCCCCGACAACCUGGCACGACAACAAGGCCGCCUCCUCCCCCGCGCAGCGCCCGCCGCAGCAGAAGCAGCCUUCGCCUGGAUCGCUCUCGCAGCGAGCCGCGCUCCGCGCCGCCGAGGAGUUCUUCUCCAACCGCGGGUCGGACGACGACGACGAGGUGGUGGAGGAGGAAGGGUCUGAAUCGGAGGGCGAGGAGGCGGCGGGGUUCUUCAUGGGGCUGUUCGAGCGGGACGCGGCGCUGCGGGGGCACUACGAGCGGGGGUGGGAGGGAGGGGAGUUCGUGUGCAUGGCGUGCGUGGGGAGGAAGGGGAAGGCCAGGAGGUUCGCCGGCUGCGUCGGCCUCGUCCAGCACGCCCGCGCCGCCACCCGCUGCGGGAGGCCCCGGGCGCACCGCGCCUUCGCCGCCGCCAUCUGCCGCGUGCUCGGCUGGGACAUCGACAGGAUGCCCAGCGUCGUCAUCGACCCCCGCGGCACGCUCGGCCAGGCACUCGCCGCCGCCGAGGCCGCUGCCGCCGUCGCUGCCCAAGAGAACAAUGUUGAUGCUGUUGAGAAGACGAUCUCUUCUGAAGAUCAGGUUGCAGAGAAGGAAGAUGUUGAGACUGGAAAAAAUGACGGAUCUUUGAGUGAUGUGGAUGCGAUGAAGGAAAAUUCCAAUGUGGGGAAGAACAGCUCUUCAAUUAAUGACAAUAAUGGAGAUGUUCAUGAGAAAGGGAAUGGUGGAGCUUAUGAAAAGGACAUAAUCUGCUGCAUACACGUGAACUGAAGAAAAAGGCUUCUGUACUAUCCAAGCAGGCAUGCUCAUCACAGUCUGGUAUGUAGCAGAGCUUCAGUGUUUGUAGGAUAAUUCCACUAAUAAGUGUAAUUGAGGGCAAGCGUAUAAGUACAAUAAAUCAUUAUCUUGAAUUCUGGGCUCUACCUAAGAUUAUCUGAUCUACACUAUUGCAGUUUAUAUAAACUGCUGUUCUUUGAUUACCUGAUUGAGCAUUAGCUCAUUCUCCCACCUGAGCACUAGAUAUCAUAUUAGAGAGAGGUCUCUACCUCUGUGACCAGUUGUAUUCAUUUGUAAUUGCUUGAAACGAAGGUCCAGCUAGUUGGGUGUUGCCCUUUAUUUGAAGUGUGACAGAACUAGUACAAAUAUCUCCUCUUUGACAAGGGCAAAAGAAUGAAUAAAAUGCUACACUGAAAUUUAAAACUUGUGAUUCCAAGUAGACUGUUAAGUGUUUCAGUACAAGUUACAGUAUUACAAGCUAUGAUUCUACAAAUACAAACAGUCAAAGGCUGCUCUCUAACUUUCAAGGGAACCCCAAAUAUGGGGGUAUCCGGUUAUGUGUCGGAACUUACAAUUUGACCCAUAUGGAAUGAAUAUUUCUAGGCACCAAAAAUGUGGAGGUUUAAGAAUGAAUAUGUGCAUGUUCAAGCUCGCACGAAGAGAAGAAAAACACACGAAUGCCGUCCAUUCUCAGUCAAUACCAAAUAAACAGCCUUGAAUUGCUGCCAAUCUUCUAAAAAGGGGGAAUUUCGAUGAAGUUAGCUCUUAGCCUGUUUGACUAUUUAAGAAGGAUGAGAAGUGAGAGGCCAUUUCCUUGUUUGAGAUAGACAAGCUCAAGCCGAUCACUUCUUAGGUUGGGGGAGACUAAUUCUGAUUCAUUGCUUAAUUAGAAGAACGAUACAAUCCAUCCUUAUAUAGAUGGAGCUGGAGGAGAGUAAUUCUGAUUCAUUUCUUAAUUAGAACGACACUAUAAUCCAUCCUUAUAUAAAUGGAGGGAAGGACCCAACCUAACAGACACUAUCCAAUUGACCUACCGUAGGAUGACGGAACCGUUGCCUACGGACACAAGGACCUCGACCUCUCAGCCCACUACCCAUCACCAUGGUUGUUAAGGGGUCGCUAUGGCAUCGCUAUAGCACUAAGGCGGUUGCGGAGGUCAAGGCGUCCACUCCGCCUUAUGUUUCCUCCGCCUUAGAGGCAAAACGAGUACAGAAAGGGAAAGAACAUGAAAAACCAGUAGAGAAAGGGAAGGAAGAAGAGGUAAGCUCAUCAUGGAACCUAGAUGGCUUGUAGAGAAAGAGAAAGAAGAAGUGGCCAGAGACAUUGAUGGUGGCUGGUGCCUCUUCUCGUCAUGGUGGCUGGUGCCUGGUGGCGUACGAUGUCUCUUAGGGCAUAAAACACGUGGGUAUAAAGACUAAUGUUGGUCUUUGGUGGGCUGGCUGCCUGGCUUAGUGGGCCUUUUACGGUUUUACCAAUUUCCUUUUUUUUUCUUCCUAAUUUCUCUACCAUAUCCUCCACUAAUCACGCCUCAAUCAUCUCAUAAGGCGUCGCAACACCUUACGCCUCAGCGCUAUGGCGCUAAGUCAGUGGUGGGUCGCCUUAAACCGCCUUACCACCUUAACAACACUGCCCAUCACACAUGUCUAGUUGCAGCAUUAUUUGAAACGGAUAUUUGUAUAAUAAAAGAAACUGAUCAAAGUGCCUAUUCAAGACACAGGCAAGAAAAAAAUAUUUGUAAUUUGCUGGAAACUAGUGGUCGUACUAUCUGAACACCAAUUAGGAAGGCCGAUGCCUUCUUUACUUAAAAAUACGGGUCCAUCACAGAAUUUAAGAAGACCAAGGCACAAAUCUUAAAAUAUACUACUACUACACGUCCAAAAUACAAGGCUUUAUUAAAAUCAAUACUCUUAACUUUGGACUAAAAAUUAAACUGACAAUAUAGAUGUUUGACGUCAUUUGAGAGGUAAUAAAUAAAUAAAUUUGUUGAAUUGAUCAGAACAAAAGUGGAGUGAAAACAGUUGACGAUGUCAAGACAUUUCUGACAAUUUUUUUCCUCGCAGACAUUUCUGAUACUUAGGAGCUAUGUAUAUCUCAUAGCAUUAGUAAAGAGGUUAAGAUGGUUGUGUUCAUCCUAGAUGCAGAGGCUGGUAUACCUCCUGUGCCCUAACGUUUAAUACCAAUAUCUCUAAAAGAUUGGAGGAAACAUCAAUGGUAGAUACAAAGAUUUUCUUAUCUAUUCUAACUUGUAUGAUUAGUUUUAAUAUCUCCUUUAUAACUACCUCUGUGCAUGUCCAUAUUCAGCGAGAAUCCCUUACAUUUAGAAACAGAAAGAGUAUUGCUCAAAGAUGUAUAGGAUGUAUAACCUCAUAAUGGGAGAAACUUGGGACCUAAAUUAACCUGGAUAUGCUACAGCUAAUAAGUAUUCUGUUUUUUCAAACCACUGAUCUGCCAGGACAUGUAACAAGUACUACUUUGCAGUCCAUGUGAUGAGAAGGAACUGAUUAGCGACUAUCUGAUCGGACAAGCCGAAGAGUCUUUGAUCUUGUAGUACAUUGGAAGGAGGCAAUAUCAUAGUCACUAGUCAGCUAUAGACAAUGUUAGUUUUUAAGGGGAAAAUGAUGUAUAUCCUAUCAAUAUGCUUAUUAACAAUCAUGCAUGGGAUGUUAGUCCAGUUUACUCCCCUUGAAACAUUUCAUUGGAUCACUUGGUUAAUAGUAUUUCUUUUUCUUUUUUUCUCUU